AUGAGCAGGGGGAAGGAGCAGCAGCGCGAGGCGACGGCGGCGGUGGCGGUGCCCCCGAGGCGCGGGCGCUGGUUCGACGAGGAGCCGCCGACCACGACGGCGGCGGCGGCCGGGUGCGCGGGGUGGAGGUGCCGGUCGUGCGCGGCGGUGGCGAUCGCGGACUGCGUCGCGCUGGGCUGCUGCCCGUGCGCGGUCGUCAGCCUGCUGGCGCUGGCGCUCGUCAAGGCGCCGCUCGUCGUGGGCCGCCGCUGCGUCGGCCGGCUCAGGAGGCGGCGGCGCUUCAUCCUGCACAAGAAGCGCGUCCGCGACGUCGCGGCCUCCGCGGCGGCGGCGGCGACGAUCACGACCGCGGCGUGCGACCGCGACAAGGGCGCCAAGGUGGAGACGCCUCCGCCCGGCGCGGACAGGACGACGGCGGACGCCCCCAGCGCGACGAGCACGCCAGCGCCGGCGCCGGGCCAAGCCGAAGCGGAGCUGGCGUGGCUGGACGAGAUGUACCGGGUGGGGCACUGGGGUUUCGGCCGCGUGUCCUCCUCGGGGAAGACGCCGUGA